AUGGCGCAUGCUUGGAAGGGGUACAGGCAGUAUGCAUGGGGCAUGGAUGAACUUCAGCCGCGCACCAAGACCGGGGCGAACCACUUUGGGGGGCUGGGGUUGACCAUCGUUGACUCGCUUGACUCGCUCUACCUCAUGGGGCUCACCAAGGAGUUCAAUGAGGCCAAGAGCUGGGUGCACCCCCCCUCCAAAUCCGCUCCUAUUCCACUCCUGUUCUUGUCCUUCCUCCCUCUCCCCCCCCUCUCUGCCAGCUGGGUGCACGAGAAGCUCUUCUUCGAGCAUGACUAUGACGCCAACGUCUUCGAAACCACCAUUCGCAUUCUGGGCGGGCUUCUGAGUGCGUAUGACCUCUCCGGCGACCCAAUGCUGCUGGCCAAAGCAAAGGAGCUCGCAGACAAGCUGCUGCCAGCCUUCACCACGCCCACAGGCAUCCCACUCGCCUUUGUCAACCUCGCCAGUGGCACUUCUCGCUCGCACGGGUGGACUGGGAGCAUAGGGAUGGGCAUUCCGCCCCCAGGCAAGCUGCAGCCCGCCUACUCCAUGCGCAUGUGCAUUCCGCCCCCACAAAUGAUCAUCCCUGCUAGCAGCACCGCGCAUUCACCCGGAUGGAGUGGGCGCUCAUCACUGCUGGCAGAUCUGGGCUCCGCGCCGCUCGAGAUGACGGCACUCUCUCAACAAUCUCACCACCUUGUGUGUUCCUUUCAUCGCAUCCCUGUCCAUGCGCCCAUUCCAUUGCCCCAGCGCUCCGCACUACUGGCAGACCUGGGCUCAACACAGCUAGAGAUGGUGGCACUCUCCCAGCGCACCGGCGAUCCCAAAUACGCCAACGCUGUACGCACCUUCCCUCCCCUCCCCUCCCCUCCUUCCAAGCACCUUCCCUACCCUGCCCUCCCCUCCUCUCCCCUUCCCUCCUUACACGCACCUCCCCUUCCCUCCUUACACGCACCUCCCCUUCCCCCCUUACACGCACCUCCCCUUCCCUCCUUACACGCACCUCCCCUUCCCUCCUUACACGCACCUCCCCUUCCCUCCUUACACGCACCUCCCCUUCCCUCCUUACACGCACCUCCCCUCCCCCCCUAG